ACAACAAAGGAAAGUGAUUGUCAUGAAAAGUAAUUUUUCCCAAAAAAAGUUCCAAUUUUACCUAAAGAGAGCUAGACAUUGUAAUUCUCUAGGAGACCAGAAUGAAAUUAUAAAUAUAUUUAGCUACAUACAGUUUUCCACUCAAUAAACUGAAAAGAUGUGUUUUCUUCAUGGAUCGUUACGUUUGUUACUAUCUUGCAUUUUAUUUACAACAUCACCGCACAUAAUUAAUUCUCAAAUAACAGAACUUCCAACAAAUGUCACAAAUACUAAAGUGACACCUGACACAGGUGUUAUUACUACAGUUAGUCCAACAUCAUCAGGAGUGACAGCAGCAACAGCAUCAUCAACUACUGCAACAACUUUGUCGACAACAACAACAACAUCAACAACAACACUAUUGCCAACCUCCUUAUCUUCAAGUACUAAAUACCCAGCACAUAUUGGUCCUUGUGAAAGAGAAAAUCUGAAGUAUGUUUACACACCGUGUGAUGAUGCAGGUAAUAGAUGGAAAGUCCAGGUACCAAAAACGGAGUGUAAUCUUGAAAACCCAGAUCCUCCUGAAGCUGGUGUGUCUUGCACUUUUACAUGUCAACCCGGUGAGUAUUUGGAUAUCAGGACACAAACCUGUGUGAAGUGUUCUGGUGGAUUCUACUCUGUUGGUGAUGGUAAAAGAUAUGCAAAGUGGGAUAAGUUUCCCGAAGGCUUUGAAACAUCUGCGCAUUUAUCUGAUUCUCCUUUUUCAUCCAAAUCUACUGGCUGUGACAAAGCUGGUUGGAAACUAAAGGGUGGAUAUAUCGAAUCCAAUGGUUCCAGUUGUAGAUCUGUUUUGAAAGUUAAAGUUGAUCUUGUGAAAAAUGGAAAUAUAACUUUUCUUGCUAAGGCUGGUGAUGAGUCAGCAUUUUUUCACGUAUGGGUUGAAGGUGGCUUGUCGUGUAGUUCUAACUACGAUGCAAGAGUUGUAGAAAAUGGAGUCACUGAGAUGUACUAUUCUAUGACAAGAGGAUGGAAAAAACAUACUCUUAAUUUAGAAAAAGGCCACAAUACGAUUUAUUUCGUAGCUGCGUACUUUACUAACUCUUUCGAGAAAGAAAGUACUACGUUUGACACCAGUUCAGAGAAGUCUGUUCUCAUCAAAGAAAUAGUUAUUAGAGGAUUUUCUUACUCUCUCCAUUGUGAACCAUGUGAAGCUGGAACUUUUAGUAAACCAGGAGCUGCUUCGUGUAAACCAUGCAAGAAGAACACAUUUUCAAGCAAGGAAGGAAGUAAAUAUUGCAUUGAAUGUGAUAAAGACACCGAGUAUGCCCCUCCUCAUUCUGAUAGAUGCAUUCAACGUAAGGCAUGCGAAAUAUCUGAUUAUCACAUGUAUUGGGAACGUUGCCACAAUCAAAAGACACGUAAGAAAUAUGCUUGGAACAAACCAAGAAUAUGCAAGAUUGAAAGCGUAAAUCUACCUCCCAACAGCGAAGAAAUUGACUGUCCAAAAUGUAACCCAGGGAUGUACAAUAAUGGAUCUGCAUGUAUUUUUUGUCCCCUAGAUCAAUAUAGUAACGGUGGUGAAGAUUGUAGAAGGUGUGCACCCAGAACACGUAGUGUUCCUGGAUUGUUCUACAAAGUUUGGACACAGUAUCCACCUCCGCCGAUGCAUUUAUAUUGUAUAGCUAGACCUGAUUCCGGAUGUCUAUCAAAAAAAGGAUGGGUAAUGCAGCAAGACGCAAUCUCCAGUGGUGUAGGCCAUGCAGACGAUGCUGAACUAAUCAUGUUCAUUGUCGUGCCUGCUUUUACAAAAUCAAGGUCUGAAUUUAAAAUGACGUUUGAGAUUGUAAAUUGUGGAUCAGACACCUGCAGGUUAAAGAUUCAAUCGAUGGAUGAUGGACAUAAUGCACAUUCAUUGCAAACGUAUGAAGGAGACCAUGACAAAUUCACGUUUACACACACAAGAUUUUCAUCUGAAGGAACGCGUUAUCGUAUUAUUUUUGAAAAAAAAUAUGAUGAAUACAGACAGACGUUUCGUCAUCGAGAAGCUGAAGUCAAAAUUUACGAAAUUGAAGUUACCAAUGCAUUUAAUGGAGGAGCUCAAAAAUGCGAAAAAUGUGACACAAGUUCUGAAGGAGGCUGCAUAAAGUGUGAGGCUGGACAAUACAUUGAAAAUUCUAAAUGCGUAGACUGCCCUGCAGGAACUUAUUUGAAGAAAGUUGACAAUCCGGAGGGUCGAUCAGCAUGUGCGCAGUGCCCAAAGAAUACACAUAGUUCACCCAAAGCUACUUCAUGUUAUUCUGAUUGCAACAUGAAUUUGGAUGGAAGAGAGUACAACUUUACAGAACUGUCUGGAUUCCAUGUAGUAAAUGCUGGAAAACGAUUCACUUCGCUUGGAUAUGGGUACUAUCAUGCCUACAACAUCAGUUUCUGUGGGGAAGGCGUUUUUGACAGUGUGUGUCAUGACCACUCCAACAGAGAUAACAACUCCACUCAAAAGGGUAAAAAAAAAUUGUCGGUAAGAGGAGCUGUCUGCAGAAGUACGAUGAUACCAGAUGGAGAUACUGUCCUUACUGCUCAAUCUAUGAUUGUUGGAAAAAGAUUGGAAUCUGUUAAGUUGGUUCGCGAUACCACCAACCACACCAAAAAGGAUUUGUUGGAAGCCUCUAAAACACACGAAAUACUUGUGACGUUCGCAUCGCCAGAACGUACAACACACCGUUGUAUGAACGGUACAUUCACGAUAAUUCGCUUAGUAUGUGAUCCUAUUGCAGACGGAAAGGGUGUUCUGGAUAUCGGAGACAAAAAAAUGAAUUGCUCAACAGAAACAUGCGAUGGCUGCAAUUUUUUGUUUACCUGGAAAUCAAAACAUGCUUGUCCCAAAUGCACAGCCUCCGAUAUUCAAAACAUAACAACUGGUUGUACGGACGGAAAUAAAAAAAUGCAUUUUCUAUGGAAACAACCUCAUGUCUGCACAGGAGGUAUUAAGCCGGAAGACAAAGUGUUGGAAUGUUCAAUCUUUGAAAAGAGUAUACUUGACUUAAAGGUGGUGAUAAUGGGUUUCAUGCUUGGCGCUUUGCUACUCGCUGCGAUUGUUAUAUUUCUCUGUUAUCGCAACAGGAGGUUGAAUUAUCAGUAUCACCGCCUAAUUGACGCAAGUCAAAUGAAGGACGGUGAAUUACCGGCAUCCGAAAAAUGUGCUCUUGAAGAUGGUGAAGAAGAUGAAGAAGUUAUUCUUUCGCGUGGAAAAGGCAGUAAUAGGAUUAUGGAUCGUAUCAAAGGUUUGGGAAAGAACAAAAAUAAAUUCUCCGAGUUCGAAACAAUUAACUUGGAUUCAAUGAAAGGAUACUCCGACGACGACGAUGAUGAAAUUUAAAAGAUUUUAUAUGCUAGAAUGCAGCUAUUAUGAAUAAUUGGGAAUCAUAAAGACCGGUACCGAUUGCGUUUACUCAUUGUUAAGACUGUUUAUUUAUUAACCUAUUUAUCCAUAAUGAUAAAAGCAUGUGCGAUUUUAAAGAUUUUGGACCUUGUACUUGGAUUUUGUUUUAGAUUUUUCAUUUAUUUUUGUAUGUGCUUUGUGUUUUUUUAUUAGAACCAUGUAAACGGAAAAGUCAAAAUUGUCUCAUUCAUGAUAAUGGAAAUAUUUUUGACUGUUGUUUUGAAGUUAGCGUAGUUGCUAAAAUGAUAGAAAGUGCAUUUUUUUUAUACACACAUUCUGAUUAUUUUGUAUUUAUAGUUUUUCGAAUUUGGGGAAUAAAUGUUGCAUUUGUAUUUCUUUAUUGUAAACUGCAAAUUUGUUGGUAA